CAGAGCCUUACCAGCAGUGAUACCCACAGAGAUUUGCUUGUGAAUGAGAGUGAAGCUUUCUGCAUUUGGUUCUGAGCUGACUGACUGAUCGAAGGAAGCCGUCCAAAGGAGCAGCCCAUCUUUCCUUCUGAGUCCUCCCUUCCGGCCAUCACCUCAUAACGGGGAAAAGCAAUCUUCAAGGGCUCAAGACUUUUCUUCUAAAAUUGUUCAUCAGACAGAAGCAAUCUCCGCCAGUCAAGAAACCAGCCAAAGUGUUUCACCAUGGAUAUAGAUGAUGAAGAAAAUAUGAGUUCCAGCAGCGCCGAUGUCAAGGAAAACCGCAACCUGGACAACGUCCCGCCCAAAGACGGCGGCACCCAGAGUGCCGGGGAGGCGGCUCAGCUCACCAAUGGGGGAGGCGGUGGCGCCGGCAGGAAGCGGCCACUGGAGGAUGGCACCAACGGCCACCCCAAGUUCCGUCUGAAGAGGAGGAAGAAAAUCCCGGGGCCCAUUUUACCCAAGAAUGCCCUGAUGCAGCUCAAUGAGAUCAAGCCUGGCUUGCAGUACAAACUCCUCUCCCAGACGGGACCAGUGCAUGCCCCUGUCUUCGUCAUGGCCGUCGAGGUGAACGGACAGGCCUUUGAAGGCUCGGGCCCCACCAAGAAGAAAGCCAAGCUGCACGCUGCCGAGAAGGCCUUGCGCUCCUUCGUCCAGUUCCCCAAUGCGUCCGAGGCUCAUCUAGCCAUGGGCAGGACCCUCUCUGUCAAUACCGACUUUACGUCGGAUCAAGCCGACUUCCCCGACACCCUUUUCAAUGGAUUUGAGACCCCCAUUCAGGCGGACGCGCCCUUUUAUUUGGGUUCCAAUGGAGAUGGCAGCUUCAGUCCCAGUGCAGACUACAGCGUCUCAGUGUCUGCCGUCCCCAGCGCCCUGAUACAGUCACCCCUUCCCCUCCCCAUACCCUACCCGUCCGCGAGCGGCAAGAACCCCGUGAUGAUCUUGAACGAGCUGCGGCCCGGUCUCAAAUACGAGUUUCUCUCCGAGAGUGGCGAGAGCCACGCCAAGAAUUUCGUCAUGUCGGUGGCCGUGGAUGGCCACAGCUUCGAGGGGUCAGGGCGGAACAAGAAACUGGCCAAAGCCCGCGCCGCCCAGUCUGCUCUCGCCUGCCUCUUCCACAUGCAGCUGGACCAGACGCCGUCUCGGCAGCCCAUCCCCAAGGAGGGCCUCCAGCUGCAUCUGCCACAGGUUCUCGCCGAUUCCGUGGCCCGCCUGAUCGUGGAGAAGUUCAGUGAUUUGACGGACAACUUCACAUCCCCCCAUGCUCGGAGAAAAGUGCUUUCUGGCGUUGUCAUGACGACAGGCACGGAUGUCAAAGAUGCCCAGGUGAUAAGCGUCUCCACAGGAACCAAAUGCAUAAAUGGGGAGUACAUGAGUGACCGUGGCCUGGCCCUAAAUGACUGUCAUGCAGAAAUCAUAUCUCGGCGAUCCCUGAUUCGGUUCCUUUACACACAGCUUGAACUUUUCUUGAGCACGAGAGAAGACCAGCAGAGAUCAAUUUUCAUGAAAUCCCAGCGCGGAGGCUUCAAGCUGAAGGAGACCGUCCAGUUUCAUCUCUAUAUCAGCACCUCUCCGUGUGGAGACGCCAGGAUCUUCUCACCCCAUGAGGCGGCACAAGAUGAUCAGGCAGAUAGGCAUCCAAACCGGAAAGCAAGAGGACAGCUCCGGACCAAGAUCGAGUCCGGGGAGGGGACCAUUCCCGUGAGGUCAACAACAACCAUCCAGACCUGGGAUGGGGUGCUACAGGGUGAGCGGCUGCUCACUAUGUCCUGCAGUGACAAGAUUGCCAGGUGGAACGUGUUGGGCAUUCAGGGAUCCUUGCUGAGCCUCUUUGUGGAGCCCAUUUACUUCUCUAGCAUCAUCUUGGGGAGUUUAUACCACGGGGACCACCUUUCCAGAGCAGUGUACCAGCGGAUCUCAGACAUAGAAGAGCUUCCACCUCUGUAUACGCUCAACCGACCUUUACUUAGCGGAAUCAGCAACGCUGAAGCUCGACAACCAGGGAAAGCCCCAAACUUCAGUGUCAACUGGACGGUUGGGGACCCCAACCUGGAGAUCAUUAACGCCACCACUGGGAAGGAUGAGAUGGGCCGUGCAUCUCGACUCUGCAAACAAGCACUUUACAGUCGCUGGCUACGCAUCCAUGCCAAGCUCUCCUCCAACAUGCGCACCAAGGUCGGCAAACCCCACCUGUACCAUGAGUGCAAGCAAGGCGCCAUGGAGUACCAGUCUGCCAAAGAGUCACUCUUCAGGGCCUUCCUCAAAGCGGGCCUUGGAGCCUGGGUGGAAAAGCCCAUUGAGCAGGACCAGUUCUCUCUCAACUGCACACCCUGACCCGGGGGAUGGCACCUGGACACCCGGCCAUCACCUGGCGCCUCUGCCACAAGGAGCCCUCCUGCGCGUGCGCACGCCCUCCCACAAUCCCCUACACACACACUCCCACAACGGCACACACACACACACACACGCUCCCACAAGAGCACACAUAUGCAUACGUGCUCACACAACUGCACAUACCAGCACCCACACGUUCAGACAGCCACACACACAUACACACACACACACACACAUGUGCGCGCGUGCAUGCACGCAUACACCCUUUCUAGGAUUAACCAGCAACUGCUUUCAUUCCCUUUUCAUGUUUUGAAAAUCUAAUUGUUAGGUUGUUUCAUUUUAUGUUUGAGAACUUGGGUGUAAUUCUCUACAAAUCCAUCCGUCUUAGAGCCGCUACAGUGCAGACUGGGUCUAAUUUUCACAUCUCCACUUAAGUCAGACCCUGUCCUGGGUUUGCCCCAGCCCCGGCACUCCCCUCUCCCAUAUAAGGCAAUAUAGGUAGGUGCACAUACUCAACGUACAUGCUAGCAUUGGGGUUUUCACAGCAUUUUUAGGAUGUGGUUUGAAUUUUUCUAGAACUCAUCUACAAAAUCCAUUUCUGCUCCUUCAUAAGCUUUUUGUGAAUGAGAGAGGAUGUGCGUGAUGAGGCGGUGAAGCCAGAAGGAUUAACUGUGGAAAGCCUGCUCGUCCCUACCUCCUGGUCCUUUAAAAAACCAGCUGCCGAGGAACGCUCGGUCGUCGACGUGUGUAUCUAUUAGUCUGUGACCCGGUUCCAAGUACUUGUCCUUGCCCCACAUUUCCACACGGUGUAAAGUCUUCAUUUUUUUUUUUUUUACCAUUAUCAACUGGAAACCAAGUAGAGGUCAUUUGUAAGUUCCACAAUUCAGUCUGUAUAACACAGAAGAAGUUGACUCUUAGUAGCUGAUUUUUCCUCCGCCCCCUUCUCUCUAUAGUUAUAUAUAUAUAUAUAUAUAUAUAUAUAUA